AUGCUUUCUGCGUAUUCCUUAAUCAGUAUAACAAUUAUUUCCCUGUGCGCCAUCCUUUGGUCACGCAGGAAAUAUUACAAAUUGAUGUUUAAACUGCCUGGUAAAAUUGGAUAUCCUCUUUUGGGCAACGCUUUACAAAUUUCACGAAGAGACGAUAUGUUGAACAUGUUGAAAGAGAAAGAAACAGAAUAUGGUGGUCUCUUUUUAUCAUGGAUCGGCCCAUUUCCAAUAGCUGUCGUAAGUGAGCCCCAAUUAGCGCAAGAUGUGCUAAACUCGCCAAAUUGUGUCAACAAGAGUUUUGUCUAUAAAGGAGUGGAAGAUGCCACUGGACCAGGGCUGUUCACAUUAGAUGAUCCCGAAUGGAGUUACCACAGAAAAUUACUGAAUCCAGCUUUUUCGCACAAAAUUUUGUUAAGCUUUAUACCAAUUUUUAACAAAGAGGUUGAUAAUUUAAUAAAAGUUUUCGAGACGAUCCAAAAUUCUAAUGUGGAUCUUGCGACGAUAUUACAAAACUUUACAUUAUCGAUUGCCACACAAACUACCAUGGGUCAGAUUAUGUCAGAUAAAGGCGUUGACUCGGGCGUGGACGAAUCUUUAUUGCAAGCCUUUCCAUAUGUUCAAGAGACAAUUGUUGAAAUGGGAACCUUGUCCUGGCUUAGCAUGAAGGUGCUGGUCUGGAUUUUGGGAGAUUAUGAGAAAUACAAAAAGGCUAAAGCAACAAUUCGCAAAUUCAUUGGAAAUCUAAUUCUGGAGCGGACGAAAAUUAUAUCGGAAAAGUCGAAACUUGAUGGAAAUAUAUUUAUAAAUCGCGCCAUUGAAUUGCUCCAGCAGGGAAACUUCACACAAAAAAAUGUCGAAGAUGAAUCAAUUGUCAUCGUUUUUGGUGCAUUCGAAACGACAGCAACUACUUUAAAGCAUAUUAUAACAUUAUUAGCAAUGCAUCCAGAAUAUCAAGACAGAGCCUUCGAAGAAAUUUCCUCACUGCUCCCUCGAAAAGAACAUUUCGAAAUGAGUUAUUCGGACAUACAGCAACUCUCCUACAUAAGUAUGAUUAUUGACGAGGCCAUGCGUGUAAUGUCUACUGUGCCAGUCGUCGGGCGUCAAGUGAUUGCAGAUACAAAAUUGAGCAACGGCGUGGUAUUGCCAAAGGGCCUACAAGUUCUAAUCGAUAUUUUUAAUAUGCAACGGAGAGAAGAUAUCUGGGGACCAGAAGCUCGUAGUUUUAACCCGGAUAACUUUUUACCGUCAAAUAUCGAAGGAAAACAUCCAUAUUCCUACAUACCUUUUACAAAGGGACUAAGAAAUUGCAUUGGUUCCAAAUACGCAAUACUGUCUUUAAAAAUUGCAGUGGCUAAACUUGUAAGAAAUUUUAGAUUUACCACCGAUUUUGAGUAUGGAAAUUUGCAAUAUGUGGAAAAUAUAACAAUAAAGCUAAAGCAAACGCCACUAAUCAAAAUUGAAAAACGAGAGAUGUGAAAUCGACACCUUCCAAAAAGACAAGACAAGACAUUUUUAACGAAAUUUCUAGUUAUGUUUGUAGAAAGAAAAAAGGCGUGGCAAAUAAAUUUAAUAUAAAGAUGAGUUUUU